UAAGAACUAGCUAUCUGUGUUUUGGUGACAGUUUCGUCGAGUUCUUGGCUUGUUGCUGGAUUGGUCGCAAACCCGGGAUGGUAAUGGGUCCUAAGCCCUUGUCAGUGGUAUUGGUAUUAUUAUGUGUGGUCUGUGUAACCGUUGUCCAAGGGUUCAAGGAGAAGAAGCGAUUUUCAUACGAGAAAGGAGUUGUGAAAACUUUGUCCCACUGUCCAGGGCAUUAUUGUGGCCGCACAGAGCUUGAGAAUGGGUCAUGGUCAGCUUGUGGGGCAUGUGAACGUGGACUGCGUCGAAACGAAUCAAGUGCCUGUGUUGAAUGUAAUGACAAGCCAGAGUUCUACGAUAAAUUGUAUCUCGGUUUCAUGGGAUUACUACCUCUUACAUUUCACUUGGGAUGUAUUGAUGCCGCGGCAAUGAGACGAACGUUUACUAGAGAGGUGAUGACUCUUUAUGCCUCAGCAGUUAUAGAAGUUGUAGUAGCUGCUGUGGUAACAUUGUUGGUAACAGAACCUGUGGGCUCAUUCAGCAUCCGUUCAUGCAAAGUCCGCAAGCUAGCAGACUGGUAUCCCCUCUUGCAUAAUCCCAACCCCAACUAUGAAGGACCACUACACUGCACACAAGAAGCUGUGUACCCAUUGUACUCGAUGGUGUUUGUGUUUUAUACCCUCUGUCUGCUUGUGAUGUUGCUGGUACGACCUUUAUUAUCCUCCAAGCUGUUACCAGGGAGAGGAAAAUCGGCAAUUUAUUCUGCACUCUACUUUUUUCCUGCACUUAUUGUGACACAUGCUGUGGGAGCUGGUCUCAUUUAUUAUUCAUUCCCAUAUAUGGUAAUCAUACUGUCAGUCAUUUCAAAUGCUGCACAUUUUGCCUUCCAAUUGGAUCAGUCCAUGUCUGCUUUGCUCGAGGGAUGUGUUCGGGAUGUCCGAAAUCUUGUCAUACUGCUUGGUCACUGGGGCUUGCACGCUUAUGGAAUCAUAGCCAUAACGCAACUUAAAGAAGGAGUUUUACAUGGAUCACUGUGUGCGUUGGUUCCUCUACCUGCUUUGUUCUACAUUCUCACCUCAAAAUUUACAGAUCCAUCCCGCAUAAACAACUAAAAUAUUUUACCCUUUAUACAGUGGUAAGUUAUACAGUCUUUGUAACAAAGCAUUUUGUAGUGGAAGGUUUCUUCAGGUAAACCAAGUUUCCAUUAAUAUGAGGAGAGUUGUUUUGCUAAAGUAAGCACAAGUGACUUGCAUAUAAGUAAUUGUUGUAGCUUUAGUGAUUCAUUGUACAUAGUGUGCAAAUAUACAUAGUAAUGUAUAUUAAACAAAUUCAGGUAUUAGAUAUACUUAUCUCCCAGUUUCUGUGAUAUUUAAAGUUAAGAAUCAUUAUAGUCUACAUGAGAUGGUAACAUAAAUGAAGUACAGUUAGUGAUUUAAAAGAAUGAAUUGAAUAUAUUUUCUGUUAAAAUUGUUUAGAAAGGUAUUAGUACUGUAUGCUUAAAUUGUAUUCCAUUAUGUUGAGUGAAUGAAGAGUGAUGAUGAUGAUGUUUUAAUUGCACAGUACUUACUUUUAAUAAGAGAAUUUAAUAUGUGGAUGAACACGAAGUUUUUAAACAAUAUUACUUGUUAAUUUAUUGGAAUACCCAUUGUUCAGAUAAGAUACAUUUUGCAGGAUCUUUGGUUUUUGGAUUGUUAUUAACUGUGGCCCACUAGUAAAUUGAUCUUGAGUCUCUAGGAGAGAUAAAUGUUAUUUUUAUGUAGUUAGUUUGAAAGAAUGUCAUUAAUCUGAAUGUUCUUAAGAUGAGUAGAUUUUGCUUGUUUUAUAUUUCUUGUAUCCUGUAUCAUAAAGUUCAUGGCACAUCA